AUGGCUGCCAUCACCCGCCAGGCGGCUCAGCCGUGCUGCUCCAAGCCCUCUGGAGCGCGCGCUGUGGCCGUGCGUCCAUCCCGGCUGGCCGUGCGUUGCAGGGCCGAGGCGGUGGCCCAAGCUUCGCCCGCGGAGGCUCCCGAGAAGGGCACGAGCGUUGAGAAGCUGCUUCCAUCUUUGAAGGCUGCCCUGGAUAUCGAGGAGAUCAAGAAGAUAUUGCCGCACAGGCAAGCCGCCCGGAUCGUUGCGCGCGGGGUCGGGCGCGAGCACGAUGCGGCGGGCGCUGCUGUGCAUCAUUUCAUCUGUGCAACACCAUGGCCGCUAAUGUUCAAUUGGUACCCCUUCCUCCUUGUUGACCGCGUGGUGGAGGUGGUGCCCCAGAAGUACGCCAUCGGCUACAAGAACAUCACCGUGAACGACCAGUUCUUCAACGGCCACUUCCCAGAGCGCGCCAUCAUGCCUGGGGUGCUGCAGAUUGAGGCCAUGGCGCAGCUCGGCGGCAUCGCCAUGCUGGACCCCAGCGACGAGGCGGCCAGGAACCAGUUCUUCUUCGGCGGCAUCGAGGGCUGCCGCUUCAGGCGGCCGGUGGUGCCCGGCGACACGCUGGUGAUGAAGGUGGAGGUGACCAAGUUCAACAAGCGGUUUGGCAUCGUGAAGAUGGACGCCAAGGGCUACGUUGGCACAGAGCUGGCGGUGGAGGCGGAGCUCACCCUGGCGAUGGGCAAGGCCUCGUAA